ACCUCUCUCUCUCUCUUAUCUUCAUCACAUUCUCUCUACACAGCUCCGAGAAAGGGUAUUUUAAUGGCGGGAAAUCAAAUUUACUAAACCAAAUAGACAAAUUCAGACAAAUAAAAAAAAAAUCAGUUUCAGUUUUGGGAUUUAGAAACUCAAUAAUGGGGAACGAAGGUGGAGAAACGAUGGAUUCAAACAGUGCAUCUACUUCUUCGUCAAGAAGAGUAGAAGGAAGGAGAUUUCCAUUAGCAGCUCAACCAGAAAUCAUGAGAGCUGCUGAAAAAGAUGAUCAAUAUGCUUCUUAUGUUUAUGAUGCUUGUCGUGAUGCUUUCCGCCACUUAUUUGGCACACGAGUUGCUGUAGCUUACCAGAGUGAGACAAAAUUAGUGGGGCAGAUGCUUUACUAUAUUUUGACAACAGGGUCAGGGCAUCAAACGCUUGGAGAAGAAUAUUGUGACAUUACUCAGGUCGCAAGUUCGUAUGGGCUACCUCCCACACCAGCAAGGCGUUCGUUAUACAUAGUUUACCAGACAGCAGUUCCAUAUCUUGCAGAGAGGAUCAGUUCUAGAAUGGCUGCACGAGGAAUGAGACUUGCGGAUUCGCAGUUUGAUGAAAUGUAUGGUUACAACUCUCGUGGAAGGAAUGAAACUCAAUCUACUAGUACUACCGAAAGCUCAACUUCCUCCCUAACAGGGGCGUCAACAGUACUUUCGAGGUCGAAGGAACGGCUUAAUCGUCUCUGGCUGUAUGCCGUUCAGAAAUGGCCCAAUAUGCUUCCAUAUGCUCGGGAGUUCUUACAAUUGGUUUUCCGUGCCAACCUAAUGUUCUUCUACUUUGAAGGUCUGUAUUAUCAUAUAUCAAAACGUGCUGCAGGCAUUCGUUAUGUAUUCAUUGGAAAGCCGUUGAAUCAACGACCUAGAUAUCAAAUCCUUGGAGUGUUCCUUUUAAUCCAGUUAUGUAUAAUUACUGCUGAAGGGCUGCGCCGCAGUAAUUUAUCAUCUAUUGCGAGUACAGUCCAUCAAACAUCACUUGGGUCGCACCGGACAACAGGACAAGGAUUACCUGUUCUAAAUGAAGAAGGCAAUCUGAUAAACUCUGAUUCAAAUCUUGACAAGGCAAUUUGGGCGUCGGACUCCACUUCCAGUUCAGAAGCCCAAGCGACAGUUGGAGGAAUAAGCAAAUGUACCCUUUGCCUCAGUACUCGCCAACACCCAACCGCCACGCCUUGCGGUCAUGUCUUCUGCUGGAACUGCAUCAUGGAGUGGUGUAACGAGAAACCCGAAUGCCCUCUCUGUCGUACACCUGUAACACAUUCUAGUUUAGUAUGUAUAUAUCAUUCAGAUUUCUGAUAACCUAUCAAUAGCGUUCAUCUGCUGUUGAUGGUGAACAUGAGGAACUCAUACAUGAAUAAAUUAGAUCAAAAUGCAGGUAAACCGGAAUUUUCAAAGAACUCUGUUAGUUUCCUAUACUUAUAUCUAAAUCUAGGGUCAUCAUAGUUGUAGGGCCAUUUGGUUACAUAAAACUAGGAUGUUAAUGUUGCAGCUAAAAGUCUGAUAAUCGGAAUUUCCGUAAGUGUGUUGGGAUGUUAUAAAUUUUCUUUUUAAGGUUGGAAUUAGGAAGCCUGCCACAUAAUGUUUUGAUGUUGCACAUACUUGAUUUGAACUCCCUUGUCUUUUGAAGCAUAA